UAUAUCGAGCUUAUUAUACAGUAUACGCACAGUUGAGACCUUUGUUAAAAAAACAGCUGCAAACAGAAAGAAGACCGAGUUGGAAAUUGACUCAGCGAGUCGUGGAGAUGGCAGCGUCGGCGAGCGGCGAGGCGACUCGGAUAAUGCUGGCGGUGAACGAGUCAACAAUCAAGGGCUACCCACACGCGUCUAUAAGCUGCCGAGGAGCAUUUGAAUGGAUUCUGAAGAAAAUCAUCCGCUCCAACACUUGUGAUUUCAAGCUCCUCUUCAUUCACGUUCAAGUACCCGAUGAAGACGGUUUCGACGAUAUGGAUAGUAAAUUCGCCUCUCCUGAUGAUUUCAAGAAAAUGAAGCACAGAGACAAAAUAAGGGGACUCCAUCUUUUGGAGUACUUUGUGAAUCAAUGUCAUGAAAUCGGGGUUGCUUGUGAAGCUUGGGUAAAGAAAGGUGAUGCUAAAGAAAUAAUCUGCCUCGAGGCGAAACGUGUCCAGCCCGAUUUUCUUGUUCUUGGAAGCAGGGGUCUCGGUCCUUUCCAAAAGGUAUUUGUGGGAACUGUGAGUGAGUUCUGUGUAAAGCAUGCUGAUUGCCCCGUUAUCUCGAUCAAGAGAAAUGCAGAUCAGAUCCCUCAGGACCCUGUUGAUGACUGAUCAGAAAUGCUACCGAUUUGAUUGCCUGUGGGAAUUUCCUCUUCUGUUUGAUGUAAAUGGAUCGACAUUGUUCUCGUUUUUUUUUUUCUGCUUUCUUGAAUCUUGUGAAGUUUGAAACAAGGUUUUGCUGAUUUUAAAACUACUGUAGCUAUUUUCCCACGUAUCGGGACUGCCAUUGCAUUGUAAGUAGUAGUGGUUUACCAGUUCGAUUUGCCGAUGAACCAUUUUAUGGAAUGUGAUUUUACUCUCUC